AUGAGGGAGAGCAUCGAGAAGGUGCUCGGAGAUACAGCGUCGGUGCGCGCAACGACAGAGGACUCAAAAGUCCUCGUCUUGGAGGUGCGCAAUAUCGACCCGAUCGCGACGAAGCAGGAUGUCUGCGCCGCACUCGCGGGCCAGUUUAACUUCGAGGCGGAGAGGGUGAAUGUGCGGAGCAUGCGCCGCAGCUUUGCUGAAACCCAAACUGCGAUAAUCAGCCUUCCCGUAUCCCUUGCCAAAGCCGUCCUCCAUAGAGGUGAAGUUCGGAUUGGAUGGACCAUCUGCAGGAUCCGGGAACGACUUGGUCCCGUGAGGUGCUUCAGAUGCCUAGAACCAGGGCAUAUUGCGAUCCACUGCAAGGGCCCUGUGGACAGGAGCGGUUGCUGCAUUAACUGCGGCGAGCCGGGACACAAGGCGGCUUCGUGCAACAAGGAGCCGUCUUGCUUCAUAUGCUCUGCGGCUGGAAGGAAGGAGACGAGGCACAAGGCAGGCGCCAGGGGAUGUCCAGCCUCGAACAGUGGGGCUGCGCAGGAUCUCCUGUCGCAGACGGUGCGGGAGCUGAACUCGAAGGUGGCAGUCCUGAGCGAACCCUACAGGGUCGGUACCAGCCGCGUCUGGGCCACUGACCGCUCUGGCAAGGCGGCCUUGUGGCUCUGCGGAGCGGAUGCUCCGGAGAUGUGCGACACCAAAGCAGCGGAAGGCUUUGUCCGGGCGAACGUCGGCGGCACUUGGCUGUACAGCUGCUAUCUGGCACCCAGUCCCUCAUUGGAGGCGUUCGGCAGGAUUCAGGACGAGCUGAGCAGCGAUCUGCGUGGGCGGAGCAACGUCGUGGUUGGUGGCGACAUCAACGCCUGGGCCAUGGAAUGGGGAUCCUCCCGGACCAACGCCAGAGGCCGAGCGGUACUGGAGACCUUCGCCUCCCUGGACGUAGUCCUUCUGAACGAAGGCUCCCGGCAGACCUUCAGCAGGGCUGGGGUGGGCUCGGUAAUCGACCUCACCUAUGUCAGCAGUGCGCUGGCCAGCCGCGCCCGUUGGAAGAUCAGCGAGGCCUAUACCGCCAGCGACCACGAGGCUAUCGAGUGCUCGAUAGGCGCCGCGCAUCGCACGAGUGGGUCCCUACUCCCGGAUAGGAAGGCGUUCCGGCAAGACACCUUCAGGCCGCGGGAUUUCGCAAAUGCCCUCGAGGGCUUCACGGCAGGCGAAGCAGAAGGAGCCAACGAGACGGCCGACAAGCUAGCAUGGGCCGUGGACGGCGCUUGCAGCCAAAGCAUGCUACUAAGAAGGCCGUUCAGAAAGCACCACUCCCCGGUGUUUUGGUGGAGCGAGGAGAUCGCGGACCUGCGCCGUAAAUGCCACCGCAGCAGAAGAUUGUUGCAGCGAGCUAGAGGCACCCCGCGCCUUCUUACGUGUAACGACCGCUACAAGGCAGCAAGAAAGGAGCUCAAGACUGCCAUUAAGAACAGCAAACGAGAAUGCUUCCUCAAGCUGUGCGACGCCGCCGAGGAGGAUCCAUGGGGAGGAGCCUACAGAAUGGUAGUAAAGAGGCUUAAUGCGGGUGGCUGUGCCCCAACCGACCCGGCGACGCUGGAGAGGAUAGUUGGCCCCCUGUUCCCGAGCGGUCGGCAGGUCUUGAUCUGCCCCAGCACCGAGUUGGGCGACAACCGUUGGGUCACGGAAGCUGAGGUUCUCCUUGCCGGUAGAAGCCUGAAGCCCAAGAAGGCUCCGGGGCCAGACGCGAUUCCGAGUAGAGCAACCAAGCUGACUCUAUCGCUGCUGACGUCCGAAGUUGUCGGCCUGUUCAACAAGUGCCUUCUGGAGGCCAUCGAAGCCGCUGGUGGACUCUCCCCGGAGCAAUAUGGCUUCACGAAGGGGAAGUCUACGCUGGACGCCAUUGCAAAGGUAGUCAAAUUGGCGCAGGAUGCCAUUGCCGGAACCAGGUGGAAAGGAGGAAGCAAGUCCUACUGCCUGGUGGUCACCCUGGACAUCAGGAAUGCCUUUAACCCUGCAGACUGGAGCCGUACGCUAGAGUCCCUAAGGAACUUUAACAUUCCUGGGUACUUGCUGAACGUAGCUCACAGCUACUUCAGCCACAGGGUACUCAUGAUGGACACGAGCAUGGGUCCCAAAGAGCACAACGUCUAA